CAGAAAAUAAAACUUUGCAAUGUGAAGAUGACACUAUGCUGAAGGCUAUCAAGAUCCUGUCAUUCCUGUAGUGAAUCCAGAGGAAUCCAGUUUUCCACACACAUGUGAAGGAAGCACUCCAUUGAUUUCCCACCCUGGCUGUUUCCUUCGAGUCAUGCACGCCCUCAACAGGAGGCUCUUUCAGACCCUCGGGCUCAUCACUCAGCUGUUACAGUGACCAUAUCAUGGCUACAGCACCAGCAGAUGUCGUACAGUUGCCUGAAACGGGAGAUACAGCUGAAGAAUGCACAGGAAGGAAAAAGUCCAAAUUUCAGACUUUCAAGAACUUCUUUGCCAAGAAGAAAAGGAAAGAGCCUCCAGCUCCUAGGGGUGAGAGUAAUUUAAAACCCAGCCAGUCCAGCAGCGAUGUCAGCAUCUCUGUGCUCGACAGCACAGUGCUUCAUUCACCAAAGGAGGCUGGGCUCAAAGGAAGCAUGGGACACAAAGCUUUGUCCCAUGACAGUGUCUUCAUUUUUGAAUCUUCACCAGGAAGUGUGUCAGCUGACACAUCAUCUCAGGAAAACAUACCUGGACGAGUGAAAACUUUACAGCUUCAAUUGCAGCAGAACAUCAGGCUUGGAUCACCUCCUCUUGUUAUAACUGGAAGGAAAAUGGAAGAUGCAGGUGCUGUUUCUGAAGACGAUGGAUUACCUAGGAGCCCUCCUGAUAUUUCAAGCCUUCAUGAAGUUCUGACAGAUUCAGCACGUAAGUCUUCCAACCUUGUUCAGCGUCAUAGCUCUUUGAGUUUAGGCGGGACAGACAGUGAAGAUGAACAGAUAACUUCUGGAGAUUCCUCUAGGCCCAUCAGUCCUUCAUCCUCUGCUGUUUUAGGGGCCCCAGGCUCAAGAGGCCGCAGCUUCCUUCCUGUUGACUUCACCAUUCCUGCCAGUCCCCUCGGCUGCCUGGACACCUCAGCAGCCAGGCACAGGAUUGCCAUAAACCCCCGGAAACAGAAAGGCUUUGCUAGCAAGAACCAGCAAACCCAGGUGGAUCAGCUGGAAAAUGAAGCAUGUCUUCCUGCAGCUUCUGAGAAGAAGCGAAAUUCAACAGAAUUUCUUGAGAGUGACCAGCAUAAAAGUGAUUGGGAAGGCUUAUCAGCCCAGGCAGAAUAUGGUGCAAGGGGAAAUGAUUCUAAGGAGACACCGGCUGUAACAAGACCCAGUGAUGCUGCUCCUGACUCUCACAAUUCCACACUUAUGGCAGAAGACUUCUGUGCUUUGUUGCAAGAGGAUGUAUGCCUUCCAGACACGGACCAUCAGAAUAAAGCAGCUUCUCCACUAAAUGUGGAGGAACAUCACAGGGCAGAGGUGCCGUACACUUUGGAUGAAUCUGCUGGUGAAUUGAAAUUACAUCAGGAAAAUACCGAUACUGAAGUGUCUGCAUUUCCAAAAUCUCAACAAAUUAAAGCAGAAGCUGUUUUGUUACCAGACAUACUAACAGGUGACUUGUUUAGCAAUGGCAUGGAAACACGAGCUAAAAAUACAUUGGCAGAUGUUGCACAAGGGUUGUCAGCAAAACCUGUGGACCAAAAGGACAAAGACUGGGAAAAGGAGGAUCCACCAUGUACUGGCAAAGUAGAAACUUGCCUGGGUGCUGGUGAAAAUCACUCCAUCCACUCUGUAUCAGAUCCUGCGCUGAACAUUUCACAGGUUGGUCUAGCUAAUUCAGGGUUUUAUUUUGACAUCAAGGCAGUGGCUGUUUUGAAUCCUGAAAGCAGUUCAGGAACAAGAAAUGAUAAAGAAACUUGUGAUAUUAUGGAAUUUCAGUCAUCCAAAGGCAGUGCAGAAACAAAAACAGAUGCUGCUGCAUCUGUUUUGGAAGCAGAUUGCAUGCUGCCCCCCAGUAAAUUGGAUGUAUGUUUCAAAGCAGAAAUACCUUGUCCUGUUUUGAAGGGUAACGAAGGCAGUCAACAAACCAGCACCCCAUACACCUUUGAAAAACUUUCCGUUGGAUGUCUUGCCUCCUCAAGUUUGUCUGGCUUGAAGAGUAAUUUCUCUUCUAGUGAUGACAAUAAAGAGUACCAGUUAAGCAGUACAGCUUUUCACACAAAAACAAUGAGAGAGAGGCAAUCUUUGGAAGAAAAUAUAAAAACUCCACUAAAGACUGCUGCUGCUAAACCAGUUAGAUUUACUAUUGCACCAGCAUGGCAAAGAUCUCUCUCAGGGGGUUCAAAUUCAAAGGAAGAUUCUUAUAGCAGAAGUUCCCCAACCUCCCCUGUAAGGCCAGAGUUGUUUGAAGGAAUAACAAAAGAGCGCACGCAUUUUGGUGCUGUCAUACAGGAGUCUGCAAAAAACAACUCCAAUAGAUUUGAUCGAGAUAGUAAGGACAAUGACUUGCAGUUGAAUUCUUCCACGGAGUGGGCUGACCAUGAAGUAAAAAAUGUUGAAAACCCAUUUGGGGUCAGACUAAGGAGAACAUCUUCAUUACUGAAGUACCAGAGUGAAAGCCGUGCGGAGGUUCCAAAGCUAAUCCCCUCAGCUGCUCCCACCAUUUCUUCUGUUUCAGUCAAUGAGGAUCAGAAAUCAGUUGGCCCUGGGAAGCCAUCUCUAGCCCUUCCUGUUAACACAAAAUCAUUUGUUAAAAAAUCUGAUUUCCCAGAAGACAAAAAUCCUCCCAAAACAAAAUCUGAAGAAGUGGUAAAGAAGCAAAAUGACAGUAAACCUCCAGAAAAAAUCUUCUCUCCACAUUUGGAAACUGCUUCAUCUGAACCAGCCUGGGUCUCCAUGGCAAAACUAAAACAAAAGGGUUUCCAGGGCCACCCUCUUGCCAAAGAACAUAAAGCUGAAGACAAAGCUUUGACCAAAGUGGAUCGAGAGGAGCAAGCUAGUGAGAACAUAUUGAAGAAGAGCACACCUCCAAGCUUGAGCUCUCAGGAAAAGAAAUUGCAAAUGAAGACCAGUGUGUCCACUGCAGCAGGUCAAGUUGGAGCUGUUGCUCAGGAAGCAUCUAUGAUUCCUGCUAUUGAAAAGGAAACAAGACACUCCUCUAACUUGCCAAUAACAUCAUGCAACCCUGCUGAACCACCAUGGCUAUCCUUGGCCAAGAAGAAAGCCAAAGCAUGGAGUGAAAUGCCCCAGAUUGUACAAUAGCAAAUGACUUGAGCCUUCUUCUUUGUAUUGCCAAUAGCUGCAUUAGGUCCUUUUAAUCAUUCUUUACUGUGACCAUUUUUGAGAAAUAAGAACCUUAGAACUUCUGACCAUACUGUUACGUGUAAAUACACAAUGAAGAAAUACCAUUGAUGGCUUAAUCUAAAGUAUUAGGAAGCUGAGCAUUUCCCACUACCAAAUACCUUAUCAAUUUGUUAUAUACUUACAUGUUUGACUAAAAGACACCAAUGUUCUAAGAAGACAUGCUUCAGGCUUUUUCAAUGUUUCUGUUUCAAAAUAUAUUUAUAAAGUUUCCAGAAACCAUACAGUAUUUUGUGAAAUUUGGCUUUGGAUAGGAAAAUAUGUGCUGUAAAAUAGAUUUAGUGCUCUGCACUGGCACAUCAUGACUCAUGGGCAUUGAUGUCAUAACACUUCUCUAUCUGAUGCUCUGGGAUGGGCAGCCUGAUCUUGCUUCUGACUGUUCGUGGAUCUCUUUUGUGACAGUUAUAGGAUCCAAGGAGCAAUGUGAAUUGGAAUGAUUCUGUUUUUCAAGUGGUGUAAAGUCAGGGCCUAGGGCCUUGGGCCUUGUACACUGAUGGCUGCUGGAAUGGCCCAGAGGCACCCUUCUCCUAUUCUCUUCCACACACUAGAAAAUCACCACUCUCUAGGGUACACUCUGCUCUUAGUUACACCUUUGGAAAUCUGGGAUAAUUUGAGUUUGGGCCAUAUAUGUGUGUAUGUGUGUGUAUAAAUCUUUUCUUUAAUUAUGGCAAAAGGCAAUUAUUUUUUGUGUGAAAUUCUUCAACCAGUUCUCUCUCCUAAAGAGUGUGUUAGGGAUGGGAAAUAAUUGCAUUCCAGAAGGUGGUAUCUUUGUUUGCAGCAAACACCACUCCUGUCAAUGAUCAUGUUGCUGUGUGUUUAGACAGGUAUAUUUACUGUUAGUGAUGAAAAGGUCAUCUGCUUUCUUCCUUGCCUCAUUAAUUUUUAACCAAAAACUAAAUAUCUAUAUAAAAAUGUUCAUCUGGGAAAGGAUUAUUCUUUCGGAGCCUAGCCUUGCGGUCACUGAAUCGACAGGAAUUUUGCCAUUGACUUUGAGGGGAGCAGACAUUUGAAAAAGAUAUUUGGAAAAUAAUGGUAGUGAUUUAAAUGGUAGUGAUACUUACUGGUCCUUUUUCAUUGUUUGCAGCAUUGCACAUUUAUAAAGUAGAUUUUAUUUACAGUCAAGGCAGACUUUGAAGGCUGACUUGGCUGAUGAACUGUUUUUAGCAAGUUGGUGGGUAUGUUUAAGGAAUAUUGAUAAGUUCAGCAACAAAGGAAAAAUUUUGGUUUCAGACCAGCUCAUUAACAGGACUUCAAUCUUAUAAUUCUGGCCUGAAUUUAAAGAUAUAGCUCUUGAAAUUUGAACAUAGUAUUAAUUAGGAGCUAGACUGUGAAACUUCUUUAUGUAGGCAAAAACUUAUUCAUAUAGGUCCUAUGAAGCUAUAGAUUCUGUUUAUCUAUAUUAACACCAGAAAGAUUAAGGGUUUCACAAUCAGUUUGGUAAUCUAGGCCUAUAUUACUACUUGUUUCUCUCUAUUUUAAGAAGCAUAUCUUCUCUUGCAAAGGACAAAAGUAUUUGUAUUUCUCUGAAACUUAUGAGUGCAAUGUAAAGGAACAUACUAAACUUUGAUUCCUGAAGUUUUGUACACCUGACAUCCCAUCACAAGCUCUCUGACCCUCUGUAAAACAUGUGCUUUCCCAUAUUCUGCAAAUUUUCUUCUCUUUCUGUUAGUGUGGACUGUGAUCCAUCACCUAAAGUGCUGCAGAUGAUACUAAAAUAUCUCUUUCCUUUGUUGCUUUUGAUUUUAAUAUUGAUUGUUCCUUUUAUGUUGGAUAUGUAUAUAUGUUUUUUUAAAUCUUGCCUUGAAGGAACCCUUUUUGUAUUCCAUUCCUGUAUUUGGUUUACUAUUAAACACUGCUAUCAGU